AGCGGCUGAAAUACGCAAGAAAUUACCCGCCAUUUUGUAGACAGGAGUAAACAAUCAAGUGUUAUGUUACACUUACAGUGUAACUUCAAGUUCAAAGCUAAAGUCUUAUUAAUAUUAGUUAAUUAGUCUUUAAUUUGUUAGUCGACCUUCUACAUUAUUCAUUUCAUCUUUCUAUGAAACGUAAAGCUUGACAACAUGUAUAUUAAACAGGUAGUUAUUCAAGGAUUUCGGAGUUACAGAGAGCAAACAACAGUUGAUCCAUUUAGCUCACGGCACAAUGUCAUAGUGGGAAGAAAUGGAUCUGGGAAGAGCAACUUCUUUUAUGCUAUUCAGUUUGUGCUUAGUGAUGAGUUCUCUCAUCUGCGUCCUGAGCAACGGCAGGCUUUAUUGCACGAAGGCACAGGACCUCGUGUCCUCAAUGCUUUCGUUGAAAUCAUCUUUGACAAUUCAGAUAAUCGACUUCCAAUUGACAAAGAAGAGGUUUCACUUAGAAGAGUAAUUGGUUCCAAGAAAGAUCAGUACUUUUUGAACAAAAAGAUGGUGACGCGAACAGAUGUAAUGAAUUUGUUGGAAAGUGCUGGAUUUUCUAGAAGUAAUCCUUACUAUAUUGUGAAGCAAGGAAAGAUUAAUCAGAUGGCAACAGCACCUGACUCUCAAAGAUUAAAACUUCUGAGAGAAGUUGCUGGUACAAGAGUAUAUGAUGAGCGUCGUGAGGAGAGCAAAACUAUAUUGCAAGAGACUGAAGGUAAAAGGGAAAAAAUUGAAGACCUUUUGAAAUACAUUGAAGAAAGACUACAGACCUUGGAAGAGGAAAAGGAAGAGUUGAAGGAGUACCAGAAGUGGGAUAAAAUGAGGAGAUCCCUUGAAUAUACAAUUUAUGAUCAUGAGCUGAAGGAUACAAGGAAGAAACUUGAAGAAUUGGAAACUCGACGUGAUAGUAGCAGUUCAGUGACAGAGAAGCUGAGAGAAAGUCUUCAGCAUGCUGCUGACCAGAUUAAAAAACUCAGCAAAGAAUUGAGAGAUGUGAAGAACAAGCUGCAGAGUUCUAGAGAAGAGAAGGAUGCUUUAGCCCAGGAACAGGCUUCCUUGUUGAAAGAAAAGACUAGGCUGGAACUUACCAUCAAGGAUUUAAGAGAUGAAGUGGAAGGUGAUGACAGCUCGAGGAAGCGUGCUGAACGAGAACUAGAACGCUUAAAGGACACUAUUGGCCAGAAACUGACUCAGUUGGAUGAAAUCCGUCCGCAGUAUGAGGCUCAGAAGAAGCGUGAGGAGGAAUGCACAAGAGAGUUGAGCUUGAAGGAGCAGAAGAGAACUGAGCUGUAUGCCAAACAAGGUCGAGGAAGUCAGUUUACAUCCAAAGCUGAGAGAGACAAGUGGAUUCAGAAAGAACUUAAGUCAUUGCAGCGAGCGGUAAAGGACAAACGAGAACAGAUUGAAAGACUACAAGAAGAUGUUAGCAAAGAUGCUGAAAAGAAAGGAAUGCUGGAGCAGAAAAUUGAUGAGCUCACCAAAGAACUUGAGAACCAUCGGGUCAGCAUUGACAACCAGAAUAAAACAUAUUAUGAAAUGAAAAAACGGAAAGAUGGACUUCAGAAUGAAAGAAAUGAAUUGUGGAGGCAGGAAAAUGCCAUGCAACAAAAUUUAGGAACUCUUAAGGAAGAACUUUCAAAAAAAGAUCAAGGUCUUCGUUCAAUGACUGGGAAGGCUACCUUAAAUGGACGUGAUAGUGUACGAAAAGUUCUUCAGACAUUUCGGGAAAAAGGUGGCAGCUUUGAACAAAUUGCAAACAGUUAUUUUGGAAUGUUGAUUGAAAAUUUUGAUUGUGACAAGACUAUUUACACUGCAGUUGAAGUAACAUCUGGAAACAAACUUUUUUAUCAUAUUGUGGAAAACGACCGAAUUGGAACAAAAGUCCUACAAGAGAUGAACAGACAAAAGCUUCCAGGCGAGGUUACUUUCAUGCCAUUGAAUCGUCUUAUUUACAAGGAAGUUCAGUAUCCCAACACAAAUGAUGCCAUACCCAUGAUCAGCAAGUUAACCUUUGACCCCAGGUUUGAACGGGCCAUGAAGUAUAUUUAUGGGAAAACUCUUAUUUGUAGGAACCUUGAAGUAGCCACUCAGAUUGCAAGAACAUCUAACUUGGAUUGUAUUACUCUGGAUGGUGACCAGGUAUCACACAAAGGAGCACUGACUGGUGGGUAUUUUGAUACCAGGCGUUCCCGACUUGAUCUUCACAAAGCACACAUGCAACUUGUCACUGAGAUAUCUGAGCAGGAGAAGCAGCUUGCAACUCACAGGGAGAAUUUAAGCUCUCUUGAAAGCCAGAUUAACCAGAUAGUAAGUGACAUGCAGAAAGCUGAAACCAAGAACAGCAAAAACAAAGAUGUAUUUGAUAAACUGAAAGCUGAUAUUCGACUCAUGAAGGAAGAGCUCACUGGGCUGGAACGCUCUCGGCAGCCUAAGGAACGAAGCUUGAGUAGCUUAGAAUCUAGUUUGAAGUCUAUGGAAUCUACAGAGCAGUCACUACGAAGUGAACUGCAGCAGGACCUUUUAACCCAACUCUCUGUGUCUGACCAAGAGGAGGUGGAUCGAUUAAAUGAUGAGAUUCGCAGACUGACACAGGAAAACAAAGAAGCUUUUAGUGAGCGCAUGAGGCUGGAAGCUGAGAAGAACAAGCUUGAAAACCUUCUUAAUAAUAACUUGUAUCGUCGAAGAGAAGAACUGGAAGCAGCAUUGCAGGAGAUUUCUGUAGAAGACCGAAGACGAAAAUUAGACAAUAGUACAGCUGAACUUGGAGCUAUUAACAAGAGAAUUGAGGAUGUCAACAAAACUAUAAAAGAUAUUGAACACAAGAUUGAAGGGAAGAACAAAGAGCAGAAGGAGCUUCAGCAAGAAGUAGAACAUUGGAAGAGUCAAGAACGAGACUACCAGGAGAGGAUAAAUGAAGAUGCUAAAGAUCUGGAAAAGAUGACCAGCAAGCAAUCUCUUUUGUUAAAGAAAAAAGAAGACUGUAUGAGAAAGAUAAGAGAGCUUGGAUCACUACCAUCAGAUGCUUUUGAGAAAUACCAGAAUUUAGGCAUGAAACAGCUCUUUAAAAAGCUAGAACAGUGUAACCAUGAGCUGAAGAAAUACAGUCAUGUGAACAAGAAAGCUUUGGAUCAGUUUAUUAACUUCUCAGAACAGAAGGAAAAGCUAGUGAAAAGAAAGGAAGAACUAGACCGUGGACAUUCAUCAAUCAUGGAACUUAUGAAUGCAUUAGAAAUGCGUAAGUAUGAAGCUAUACAACUGACAUUCAAGCAAGUAUCUAAGUAUUUUAGUGAAGUAUUCAAAACACUUGUACCCCAAGGUCAUGCCACUUUGGUAAUGAAGACAGAGAAUGAUGAUUCAUCAGGUUUUCAGGAUUCACAAGGUGCAGUACCAUCAGUUGAACAGUUCACUGGAGUUGGGAUCAGAGUGUCCUUUAGUGGUAGAACAGCUGAGAUGAAAGAAAUGCAGCAACUUUCUGGAGGUCAAAAAUCACUGGUGGCUCUAGCUUUGAUUUUUGCUAUUCAGAAAUGUGACCCAGCUCCAUUUUACCUGUUUGAUGAGAUUGACCAGGCUUUGGACUCACAGCAUCGAAAAGCUGUUGCAGGAAUGAUUCAUGAGCUUUCAAAUGAUGCCCAGUUUAUUACAACAACCUUCCGACCUGAGUUGCUGGAGAAAGCAGACAAGUUCUAUGGUGUUAAGUUUCGAAAUAAGGUGAGCCACAUUGAAGCUGUGACCCAGGAGGAAGCUCGUGAUUUUGUGGAGGAUGACCAGACACAUAGUUAAACAUUUAUCAUCUCAAACAAAAUGUUGUUGUAUAGUGUUUUGUUACUUGUUAAUGUGUGUACUACAUAGAAUUCUACGUCAGUGGUUCUCUGAUAAGGCCAUUUUUUUGUUCAGAACAUAACUUCUUUUUCUGUUUCAUUUCAGUUCUUACAUAAGCGCUUUGAAAAUGUCUUAUGGUUAAAUAUGUUGUUUAUGUUUUGUAUUGACCUAUCAUAGGAAUUUCUGUAUUAAUGUUGAAAUAUUUAUUGUAAUCUUGGAGUUGCAUGGGAAAUAAAGAUAAUUUUUUUGUGUGUAGUAUGUAUCGAUACAUA